AUGUCAAAAGUGGCUGAUCAAAUUAAAAUGUCAUUCGAAAAUGCUAAAGAUCAGGAAAGUUAUCAUGAAGGUUCUUUUCAUGAUGAAGACUACAAAUUAAACUUUGCAGGUUAUAAAGGUUACAGUGCUUACAAAGCAGGUCCAGAAGGUAAUGUUACUCAGUAUUAUGAAGUUACUCUUGCCCAGAUACCUAGAAUUCCCCAAUUUUCUGGUGAUGGGCCCCCACAGAAAGGUGAUGUUACUUAUAGAGAGUGGAAGUAUGAAGUUUAAUGUCUUAUCAAUGACCCUGAAAAAGAAACCACAAUCAUUCAGAGCAUUAGAAGAUCUCUUAGGGGUACAGCUAAAACUAUGCUCAUUCCUCUUGAUGAAAAAGCUACUGUCAUUGAAAUUCUUGACAAACUGAAUAUUUUAUUUGGUGAAGUGUCAAAUAAUGGCAUGAUAAUGCAAGAAUUUUUCAAUACCUUUCAAUUUGAGGGAGAGUGUGCUACAUCAUUUGGUUGUAGGUUGGAAAGCAUGCUCCAAAACGCUAUUGAUAAUGGGUACCUUAGCAAAUCGUCAAAGAAUGAUUUGUUACGCCAUAAAUUUUGGACGUCGUUGAGUUCCGAACGCUUAAAGUCACAAACGCGUCACAAAUAUGAUACGCUAAAGAACUAUGACCAUCUUUUACUUGAAAUAAGAAAGGUUGAAAAAGAAAUGGCCGUAAACAAAGCCCCUGCAGAAAAAGUAAGUACUGAUUUCAAGAAUUUCAGACUCCAUCAACAUGGUAUAGCAGUGGAGGAUGAAGUUGAGGAGAAAAUCAACAAAAGAAUUGAGAAUUUGCAAACUGAAUUAGAAGGUAAAAUUGAUGACAAAUUUAAUCAGAUUUUGCAAAAGUUAGAUGCUUCGAAAACUGAUACUAGGCAAAGUUAUUCAAGAGGAAGCAGCAACAGAGGCAAUGGCAACUCAGGGAGAGGUGAGUAUGGUAGGAGAAAUUUUCAGAAUAACAAUUCAUAUAGAGGGAAUCAAUACAGAAGGCCAUUCAAUCCUAGAGGGCGAGGUAUGAAUAGGUCUAGUGUACAAAACCAGGACCCAAACUACUAGUGGUCUCUACUGAUGGCCAAGCAGAGACCAGUAAAGUCAAAAGUAACGGCCAACAUAUAAAUUGUGACAUGAUUAGUGAGUCAA